AUGGCAGGCUUCAUUCAGAAGAUUGGAGGUUAUCCUCGUCUCCUGCUUGCGGGCAAUCCAACAUCUCGCGACAUAGGUACGUUAUUACUUGGUAUCAUCAGCUCAAUAGCAGCUGGGGUUCCGUUUCCUAUCAUUGGUAUUCUAUUCGGUCAACUCCUGGAUGAUUUCAAUGCAGCCACCUGCGACCAAGCGACAGAUUCUGGAGAUGGCGACCAAGGAAGCAUCAACAAUACCAUUCUGAUCAUCUUCUACCUGGCCAUUGCUCAAUUCGUCUGCAUUUACGUCCACUUGACUUGCUGGACUCUCAAUGGCGCUCGGUUGGCACAAAGACUGCGCGAGAGUUACCUUCAAAACUUGCUCAGACAGGAGCCUUCCUUNUUCGACAAGCUGCCGCCAGGAGAAGUCGCAUCAAGACUCCAUGGAGAUAUUCAAACAAUCCGUUCAGGCACUGCUGAGAAGGUUGGAAUCUGCUUGUCAAGUUUGUCCUUCUUCGUCACAGCAUACAUUGUCGCAUUCAUCAAAGACUGGAGACUGGCAGCUGAAUUGCUGUCGUUGAUCCCAGCCUACUUCAUCAUGUCCAUUGUUGGAAGCCAUUAUAUUGAAAAGUAUUCUGGUAUGGUUUCUGAGUAUGCUGCAUCCGCUGCAUCAAUAGCUUCUGAAGCACUCAACAAUAUCAUGGUAGUUCAGGCUUUUGGUGCCAAUGCUCGUCUUGAGAAGAAGUUCUCGGACGCUCUGAGAGCUUCUGAGCAUGAGGGUAUCAANAAGGCUACCGCUGUUGGUAUUCAGAGCGGUGUUCUGUAUUUUGUCGCCUAUUCUGCCAAUGGUCUGGCCUUUUGGCAANNGGGAAGCAAGCGAAUUGCAGACUCGGUAGAAGGGAGAUCCGGAGGCACUACUGUUGGUGCAACAUUCACUGUUAUCUUCAUCUUGAUCGAAGCAACUCUGCUUCUCAGUCAAGUGGCUCCUUUCGUCCAUCUAUUCUCGGCAGCUGUGGGAUCUUUCAACAAACUCCGUGGAGAUGUCGAUCGUGAGCCGUUGAUUGACGGACACACCAAAUCUGGUCUCGCACUUCCUCAAGCAGGAGCUGGAUUCGAAUUCAAAGACGUGUCAUUCGUGUAUCCAUCAAGACCUGAGAUUACUGUUCUUGAUAAGAUCAGUUUAUCCAUCCCUGCCAACAAACACACCGCACUUGUUGGUCUUUCUGGUAGUGGCAAAUCUACAAUUGCUGGUCUGGUCAGCAGACUCUAUGAUCCUACUGAGGGUCAAAUUUCGUUCAACGGACAGGACGUCCGCACGCUCAAUGCUCGCGACUUGAGGAGCUUCAUGAGCUUGGUUCAACAAGAACCUUCGCUUCUCGAUCGAUCGUUGCUGGAGAACAUCGCACACGGUCUGAUCAACUCUAGUGACCCUGAGCAUGCUCAGUUCAAGGACAUCCUCCUUGGCUCUGAUCUUGCAGAAGUAGCCGCUGACAUUCGAGAUGGUAACGAUCUUAUGGUUGCUGCAGAAAAGCGUGGUCCUCUGGUUGUCGAAGUUGCUACUUUGGCUAAGAGAGCUGCAACACUCGCAGAUGCAGAUCAGUUCAUUGUUGCACUCCAGCAAGGAUAUGGCACAGUUGUUGGCUCGAGCGGACGCCUCAUCAGUGGUGGUCAGAAGCAGCGUGUUGCCCUUGCAAGAGCGCUUGUGAAAAACCCUGCUGUUCUCAUUCUUGAUGAAGCUACCGCUUCUCUCGACUCAAGAAGUGAGCAGCGGAUCCAGCGUGCCAUCAACAGUAUCACUAAUGGAAGGACUGUCAUCACCAUUGCGCAUCGCUUGGCCACAAUCACUGCUGCAGAUAACAUCAUCUGUAUGCACAAGGGACGUAUCCUUGAACAAGGCACACACUCAGACUUGAUGGCUAGUGGUGGAACCUAUGCCGACAUGGUCAAGAUGCAGACUCUUGGAAAUAUGUCCGAAGCUCACAAUGCAAGUGCUGAUAACAUCAGUCUGUCGGACCGUACUUCAACUGGUGACAUCGAGAAGAAGAGCUUCUACAACGACACAGUUGAGGCCGAGAAAGCAGAACUUUCGGCAACAGAGACACCUGUCAGAGAUUCUACAGAGGAAGAGCCAGAAGAGUUACCCGCGCCUCCAAAGUCUCUUUGGGACCUGGCAAAGGGAUACGGACCAGCAUUGAGGCCACACAUACUUUACAUCUUUGUGGCCUUCAUCGGAUCUGUUUGCGUUGGUGGUGCUUUCUCUGGUGAAGCUGUCAUCUUCGGCAACACAGUUGGCAGUUUGAACCCAUGCCACAGUGCUAGCAGAAUCCGCAACCGUGGUGACUUCUUCGGCCUCAUGUUCUUCAUUCUUGCCAUCAUCGAGUUNUUUGCCAACUUAGUCAGUUGGUGCGGAUUUGGCUGGGUGUCCGAGAAAGUCGUAUACACUGUCAGAGUUCUGUCAUUCAGGUCGUUGUUUGAGCAAGAUCUACAGUGGCACCAGUCUGAAGGCCGUACACCGGCUUUGCUUCUCUCCUACAUCACAAGAGAUGGAAAUGCUCUGGCUGGCUUCAGUGGCUCUGUUGUCGGAACGCUGUUCUCCAUCACUGUCAACCUUAUUGCUGCCAUCAUUCUAACCCAUAUCAUUGCUUGGAGGAUCGCCUUAGUUUGCUUAGCUCUUGUACCGCUUCUUCUUGGAGCUGGUCUCAUGGAGCUUCGCAUCCUUGGUAAGUUCGAAGAGAAGCACGAAACUGCAUACACCAAGUCAGUGGACAUUGGUGUCGAGGCUAUCACUUCCAUCAAGACUAUUGCCUCCUUCUCGCUCGAGGAAGAGAUUCUGCGAACGUACAGACGCUCUCUCAAGGGUCCGCGUAAGGAUACACUAAGUGUGACUCUGCAGGCCAGUCUUUGUCAAGCCUCGACAUACUUCCUGGGUAACUGUGUCAACGCUCUUGCCUACUGGUGGGGCUCGAAGCAGAUCCUGAAUGGCAACUACACGCAAACACAGUUCUUGAUCGUCGUCUUUUCUCUUCUGGUUGGUGCUUUGUUGUGGUCACAGAUGUUCGCAUUGGCUCCAGAGAUAUCUGCCGCUCGCAACGCCAUGGCAAGAAUCUUGGGUUUGAUCCAGAUCGGCAAGGAUAAGAUGGCAGGUCAUGUUCGUCCUCUUGACAUGUCACUGGAAGAUAACAACAUCGAGGCCAUGGCUGAAACCAAGACUUCGCAUAUGUCGAACAACAUGGCAUCUAGUGUUCAGAUGAAAGAUGUCCACUUCUCAUACCCAGCUCGUCCUGAUGUCAAGGUGAUGAACGGUUUGAACAUUGACAUCAAGCCCGGACAAUUUGCUGCACUCGUUGGUCCCAGUGGUGCAGGAAAGUCGACAGUCAUUUCUCUGGUUGAGCGUCUUUAUGUUCCUCAAUCAGGCUCAGUGCUCAUUGAUGGCUUUGAUGUGACCAAAACUCGCGACACAACCUUCCGUGACAGCAUUGCCUUGGUACCUCAGGAGAGUGUGUUGUUUGAGGGAAGUGUCGAAUUCAACAUUGGUCUUGGUGCUCGUCCUGGCCAUACCGUUAGCAAAGAAGAAAUCAUCGAGGCGUGCAAGUUGGCUAAUGUACACGAUGUCAUUGCUGCCUUGCCAGAUGGCUACGACACUCUUUGCGGACCCAACGGCAGCCAAUUCUCUGGUGGUCAGAAACAGCGCUUGUCCAUUGCACGCGCCUUGGUCAGAAACCCUAAGCUGUUGAUUUUGGAUGAGAGUACCAGUGCACUUGAUGCCGAGAGUGAGAGACUGUUGCAGGAAGGCUUGGACAAGACAAAAGCGAAAGGCAUUACGGUGAUUGCCAUUGCGCAUCGUCUUCACACUAUCAAGAAGGCUAAUGUAAUUUUCUUGAUUGAGGCUGGAAGGUGUAUUGACAGUGGUUCGCACGAAGAGUUGUUGGAGAGAAGUUUAGAUUAUCGCGAGUCGGUGAUGCACCAGACAGUGGCUACAGAUUAG